CCUCAUCCCGGAGGUUGAGUUCAUGAGCGGCUGGGACAACCGAUGCACGGUGCAUCAUCGCGGAGAAACAUCAAAAUGAGAGCACCCUCGUGAUAGCUCGCGACGCGACGCAGUGCAAGCCAAAGUCCGCGGAUUAGCGCCGGCCCGGGAAACGUCAACGACGGACGUCGCCUGACGUCCGAUGUUCCGCGACAGGCGUCCACGCUGACGCGAAAACGGCGAGCCGAAAGCAAGUCGAGUUCAGUGAUAACUCUCUUGUUGAUAUCGUCUGGCGCUUCCGCAGAAAGCAAAGGAAACUACAACAUUAGGGGACCUGCUGCAGGCACAUUUGAGACCUGCGGUGGUUGGUGAAUGGUGUUGCAGAUAGAUUCCGUGUGGGGCUGGGCGUCACCCCCGCUGCGCCUCCAGCUGGCCGGGGGGACCAGAGGUGCCUCGGGGAGAGCAGCUGUGGGUGCCCCAUCCUCGCAGAGGAUGGGUGAGAUAGUUGUAGAACGCGCUCCUUCCCCAGCACGUCUCAGUCAUACUUCUGAGAAGCAUCCUCGUGCAACUCUAACUGAGCUUAAUCUACUUCGACGUCAUCGGGAACUGUGCGAUGUCGUUCUCAAUGUUGGCUCCAGAAAAAUAUUUGCACAUCGCGUCAUUCUCUCAGCAUGUAGCCCAUACUUCAGGGCGAUGUUUACUGGGGAGUUGGCGGAAUCUAGACAAACUGAAGUAACAAUACGUGACAUAGAUGAAAUGGCUAUGGAAUUACUCAUAGACUUUUGUUACACUUCUCACAUUAUUGUCGAAGAAGCAAAUGUUCAAACUCUCCUUCCAGCAGCGUGCCUUCUUCAAUUAGCAGAAAUUCAAGAUAUAUGUUGCGAAUUUCUCAAACGCCAAUUAGAUCCAUCAAAUUGCUUGGGUAUCCGAGCAUUUGCGGAUACCCAUUCGUGCCGCGAACUUCUGCGUAUUGCCGAUAAGUUCACUCAACAUAAUUUUCAAGAGGUAAUGGAGAGUGAAGAAUUUUUGUUACUACCUGUCGGCCAAUUGGUGGACAUUAUUUCAUCGGAUGAACUAAAUGUACGUACGGAGGAGCAAGUAUUUAGCGCCGUGAUGAAUUGGGUCAAAUAUAAUGUCACGGAGAGACGACAGCAUCUAUCUCAAGUUUUGCAGCACGUGCGGUUGCCGCUACUUAGUCCGAAAUUUUUAGUCGGUACCGUUGGAUCAGAUCUAUUAGUUCGUUCCGAUGACGCUUGCAGAGAUUUAGUGGAUGAGGCGAAGAAUUACCUGCUUCUGCCGCAAGAACGACCGUUGAUGCAGGGACCUAGAACGAGACCUAGAAAACCUACGAGGCGAGGAGAAGUGUUAUUCGCCGUUGGUGGAUGGUGUUCGGGUGACGCCAUCGCUAGCGUCGAAAGAUUCGAUCCUAAUACUGCCGAUUGGAAAAUGGUUGCACCUAUGAGCAAGCGAAGAUGCGGAGUAGGCGUAGCGGUAUUAAAUGAUCUGUUGUACGCAGUCGGCGGACAUGACGGACAAAGCUACUUAAAUAGCAUUGAACGAUAUGAUCCACAAACGAAUCAGUGGUCUUGUGAUGUUGCUCCUACCACUUCUUGUAGAACCAGUGUGGGUGUUGCUGUGUUAGAUGGAUUUCUCUAUGCAGUUGGUGGCCAGGAUGGAGUACAAUGCCUUAAUCAUGUGGAAAGAUACGAUCCUAAGGAAAAUAAAUGGUCUAAAGUGUCGCCAAUGACUACCAGAAGAUUAGGAGUGGCGGUUGCUGUGCUCGGAGGUUAUUUAUAUGCCAUCGGCGGGUCUGAUGGACAAUCACCUCUCAACACAGUAGAAAGAUAUGAUCCGAGACAAAAUAAAUGGUCCCAAGUAUCACCGAUGUCUACAAGACGUAAGCAUCUAGGCUGUGCUGUAUUUAAUAAUCUAAUUUAUGCUGUGGGAGGACGAGACGAUUGUAUGGAGCUCUCCAGCGCGGAACGUUAUAACCCCCAUACGAAUUCCUGGAGCCCUAUAGUAGCGAUGACAUCUAGAAGAAGUGGAGUGGGUUUGGCGGUAGUAAAUGGUCAAUUGUACGCCGUGGGCGGAUUCGACGGAACUGCGUAUCUGAAAACAAUCGAAGUAUACGAUCCGGAACAGAAUCAAUGGAAGCUAUGCGGUUGUAUGAAUUACAGGAGACUUGGUGGAGGCGUGGGAGUGAUGCGAGCCCCACAAACUGAGAAUUACAUUUGGUAGCUCAGGCCCCCCUCUUCAGCCCAAAUGGCUGAAACUCCUCUAACUCCUCUUACACCGGUAACGCCAGUUACACCUGUAACCCCUCCCGCUCCUGUAUCGGUUCCUGUUGUUAUAACUAAUACUAGAAAACGCUACCGCCGAUCGAUGAGCAUUAUAUAAGUAAUGUAUGCAUUUUGUAAAAGACUUUGCCUUUCUAAAGUUCUCUGAGAGCAUCCUGUAUCGAGAUUUAAAAUUAUUUAAUUUAUUAGUAACUUGGAAGUAUCUCUUCGCUCAUUCCAACAUAGAUUGAAGUGCGUAUGAAAAGAAGAUAUAUAAAAGAUGCGGAUAUUCCAUUGCGAUUUUACUGCCGUUAUUUUAUAUUUAUACUUCAUCACAUUAUUUUAUCGGACUCUUCACCAAUAUUAUUUAUAUUUUAUCGCGUUAUGCAAUAUAUAGAGUCCUAUUUUAUAUUUAUAUUACUUUUAGAAGUGUCUAAAAUAUUUUUAAACAAAAAUGCCUUGUCUGCACAUAGAGCUUGAAAUAGCGUUUUUCUUAUGUGAAAAAAAAAAGAAA